UUUCAGCAUUUUCAUUAAUUUGGCAAACCGAAGCAAAUGGAAUCCCUAAAUUGAAACAAAAGUAGUUCAGCGAAAAAUUUGGAGCUUGAAAAAGUUUGAUUGACCCAAGUGAUACAACACUAUAGUUGGGCUAUGAACUGUUUUUAUCGCAAAUCUUUUAUAAUGCAAGAAAUGAAGCUGUGGAUUGCUUUUUUAUUGGAAGUUAUGUACUUGUUCCGGAAGCAGGUCACAGCAUCAAAACAAGGCUUCUGCCAUGGCUGUACUUCAGUCUCGUUUGGACCAGCUUGAGAUGCGGCGUCAGGCUGAGAUGAAUGCAGAGCACACACAAUCCCUUACUGACAUAAAUUUUGGCAGCCAAAUACGGUCUUAUGUGCUUCACCCAUACCGAAUGGUGAAGGAUCAUCGGACUGAUUUUGAGGUUUCCCAUCCCGAUUCUGUUCUGGAAGGUGAUCUAGAUGGCUUCAUCUUAAGCUUCUUGUCUGCCUCUCUAGACAAAGAUGAAGAUGCUGACCUGUAAACUAUUAACAUCUUGAUCAACCGGCCAACUAAUGCUGGAAUUGCAAGUUCCUCGAUUAAUGGAUUCCCAUGAUGGGGGAAAUUUUUAGCCUGAGAUAAUGAGGAUAUCGUGUAGCAGAUGUUACCUAUCGCUGUCAAAGCUUAUAAGUCUUCCAUUGAGAUUAAUGGAAAAAUGACAUCCUUUCACAAUUUUGAACUGGUUAUCUGGUAAGCUUGUUUAUAGGUAUUCUUUGAGAUAAGGAGUAUAGAUAGUUAUAUAAUUAUGUGUUGAAGUUCUUGAUAAUAACAUCUCUUUGGUUUUCAGUUACUCCAUAGUUUUUAAAUUAUAUUGGAUUUAACAUUAUCAUGUAGAAUAUGUAUGGUGUAGAACAGUCACAAGUCAGAUUUAGAAAUAGUAACAAUAAAGAAUUUCUUGUUUC